UGACGUCAGCCUCCGGGAAGUGUCGGUCCGCUGAGCUCUGAUGGUUAGCGGUGUGCGUCUGGAAACAAAAGACUCUUUAGCAAGGGUUAGCGAGAUUUUUCGACGCUCUCGGUCGCUAUUUCGGGACAUUAUCACAGGGAGAAGUUAUGGCCCCAACGUAGCGAUGACACCGCUGCUAUUACUGUCCGCUGGAGGAAGAGGAAGAAGGUGAUGAUGACACGCAGUUAGCUGGCUGCCUGGCUGGCUGACGGACAUUGCUGACUGUCUGCGGUGUCGCCCAAACCCGAAGAUCCGUGACUGCGAGGCGGACCGAGGCAGAGAGCGAGCAGGAUGCCGAGGAGAAAGCAAUCCAACCCCCAGCCGGUGAAGUUGGACUCAGAGGAUGGAGCAGUGGUGUGUGAGCCCGGCUGCCUCGUUUUGGAGAGUGACUUCCUGCUGAGUGGAGAGCUGGAGUUCGGAGACUCUGAGAUCAUGGGGUUGGACAGAGAUGCUGGAAUGACAGUCUUCUCCCUGAGCGUGGAGGACGACCCUUCAGCGCAGACAGACUCUACCUUCCCAGCUUUCCUCUCCUGUAAAGGGUGUGGCCAGCUUUUGGGAGACACGCCUUUGGGGGCGGGCUUAGAUCUAGGGGCGGGGCUUGACUUGGGGGCAGGGCUCUAUUGCCUGUCAUGCGAGGAAGGCCUCCAGCUAGAGCAGCGCGUCGUCAUGUUUGACUCGUCGCAAGUGGAAGGGACAAACCUGUCCAACCAGCCUGUCAGCGACGACUCUGACAGGAAGAGGCGGGGCCUCGGCAAGACGGGCGCUGCCGGCGAAAUUGCGCCCAAGCUGUACUCCUGCUCGCUGUGCGCCUUCUCCUCGCGCUACUCCAACCACCUGAAGCGCCACAUGAGGACCCACGACGGGCAGAAGCCCUACCGCUGUCCCAUCUGCCCUUAUGCCUCGGCGCAGCGCGUCAACCUGCAGCGCCACGCCCGCACCCACACGGGCGAGAAGCCGUACCGCUGCCACCAGUGCAGCUACGCCUGCAGUUCCCUUGGCAACCUGCGGAGGCACCAGCGCAUGCACUCGCAGGAGAGGCCACAGCGCAGGGAGAAGGAAAAGAGGAGAGCCAGGAGGAAAAAAACGGACGGAGAAACAGAACAAGACGCGAUGAUGCAUGUGUCCCAGGACUCAGGUUACCUGCAGACGCUGGGGGGCCUCGGCUCCCCCUCCGCCCCGCUGCCCGUCCUCCUCUUCCCCCUGUGCUGCCGGGUGUGUGGCCUGACGCUGGAGGAGGCCGACCUGGAGGGAGACAAGGCAGAGGGGGAGGGAGAGGGAGACACAGGACAGGUGUGUCGUCGUUGCUCCCUGGAGCUGCUGGCCAAAGAUGGGGCGGGGCCUCCAUGCAGCCCGGAGGUGUCCCGGGGCUCCAGGCGAGGCAGGCGGGGAAGCAAGCUGUAUCGCUGCCCCCACUGCCCCUUCCUGUCCCACUACCCCAACCACCUGGCCCGCCACGCACACACUCACUCCGGGGAGAAACCGCACCGCUGCCCCCACUGCCCCUACACCUCGGCGCACCUCGAUAACCUCAAGCGGCACCUGCGGGUGCACACGGGCGAGAAGCCGUACCAGUGCCCGUCGUGCAGCUACGCCUGCGGGAACCUGGCCAACCUGCGGCGCCACGAGCGCAUCCACUCGGGGGCCAAGCCCUUCCACUGCGGCGUCUGCGGCUACUCCUGCAACCAGAGCAUGAACCUGAAGCGGCACAUGCUGCGGCACACGGGCGAGAAGCCGUACGCCUGCGCCGAGUGCGGCUACACCACCGGGCACUGGGACAACUACAAACGGCACCAGAGGAAACACGGGCACAACACAGACAGCUGGGACAAACACACGCCCGUCAACGGCCUCAGCUGGGGCAAAGACACUCAGGAGAGCCAGAGUCAGGGACAGGGGGGUGUGUAGUGUGUGUGCGUGUGUGUGUGCGUGUGUGUGUGCGUGUGUGUGUGCGCGUGUGUGUGCGCGUGUGUGUGUGUGCGUGUGUGUGUGUGUGUGUGUGUGAGAGAGAGAGAGACAGAGAGUGAGUGAAUUGAUUGUGAAACAUGUAUCAGGCCUUUUACAGUAAGUAACAGGAGCAAUUAGAGAACCAUGAUCUACAGCUGUUAAAAAAAAAAAAAAAAAAAGAGAUGUCUUGGAUUUUUUUUAAAGUCCCCUGAAAUGAGCCCCCUUUACUUUCAGUUCCUGCAAAACCAUGCUCUUUAAUAUUUAAUCAUGACCUCAUGCUGUGUAAUAUUUUCAAGCAGAAAAAUCUCCCAAAGCAAGAGGACGACUUUUGCACACCAGCAUCAUCUUAGUUCAGGUGUGUGGGAGCAAGACAUGACGAAUAGAAGAUGGUCUCGCACACUGUGGUCUUACAAAACUUCAGCUUAAAAAAAAAACAAAAAAAACAUUAGAUUUCAAAAUUUCAAACAAACAUGUCUAUGCCAGAAACAUUGCAGUUAUUUUGUGAAUAAAAUCAGGAAGUUUUGCAUGUGACAGCAGUGUGCAGGACUGUUUCAGUCAACAAAAUCUUGAACUCUCAUCCAUCCCGUCAAAUCAAACUGUUUCUCUUCCUAACUGUAAUCUGUAAUCCAACCCUCCAAGGGUUCAGCGUCAGAUGUGGCUUUUGGUCGAUCGUUGAGGGAAAGUUUUCCUGAUUCCAGAAAGCCAAAUUAACAAGAAAAUUCAAAUCCAAAAAAGUUCAUAGUGAAAGCCUGAUUUACAUGUGUGAUAUGCCUUAGUGUGUUGGAGUGUGGUUGUGUGUGUGAGAGAUUGUGUGUGUGUGUGUGUUAUAUACACUGGUGAACCUCCAGCCCAUUCAGGUUGGGGCUAAACUCAGGUGCCUUCCACGGCCAGGGACUGAUUGAAUGACUGUAACACUGCACUGACUUAAUCUACGGGCAUUAAAACACCAGCAUGUGAGUAUGAGUGUGUGUGUGUGAGGGUGUGUGUGUGGGUGUGGGAUCAAUAUUCUCCUAACGGUGACCCAUCUAGUCAAUGCAGUCCACAAAAUCAUGUGUUGAAUGAGAUUGUUGUAGCCAUUUUCAAAUCUGAUGUGUGUGUGUGUGUGCGUGUGCACUGUUCUCUCACAAGUCAUGAAGCCAAUCUGAUGAAUUGAAAUGUAUAUUUUUUUCAACAGAUAAUCUAUAUUUUGUAAAUGUGGGUGAAUUUUUGUGAGAAUUUAUGGGUGUUUUUUUGGGGGUGGGGGGCUCUCCAUAUUACCAGAGUGGACCAUCUUCUCACAAACCAGUUUUUGAUGAUUAUAUAUAUUAUAUAUCAUCAAAAUAUAGUAAUAUUUUGAUUGACAGGGCAUGGGUUGGGAUUUUCAUAUUAGGUGUGGCAAUCAGAUUCUGAUUUACAGUUGGGCUCCUGCAGGUCUCAGAAUCUGGAAAAUGUAUUGAAAAUGAGUUUGAACACCAGCUUAGAUGUUUGGAAAUGACACAAAAAGUCAGUAAUUAUGAAUGAAAACAUAGCCCGCUGUAACCGUACAGGAAGUGAGUGGAGCUUUCCGUCUAAACCCAACACGUUCUAAUGGGGUCAAACGGAUGAACCUCUCCCCAAGCACGUCCAGUUUGGGUCCGAGUUUUGUCCCAGCUGCUCGAAUCGCGAAACGUUUUGACGCCGCCGUUAGAUUUGUAGGACAGACGUCUGCUUAGGGGAGUCCAGAGUGGUAGCCGCAGUUUACAGACCUUUUCUUAUUCAAAACACUGUCAAACUACUUUUAUUCCCAGAGUCCCUGCUCAUUUAAUUCCUGGAAUAUCACAACAUAUUUCGGACGGGUGAGGUCAGAGGAUUUGGUGAAUUCUCAGGUGAAGUCGGGGAAUAUCAGGUCGAUUCUACAAAUGGGUCACUUUACAAGAAUACGCCAGAAUGUAUUUCCCAGCUUGUUUUAUUAGCUGGUGACAGACUGUUCACCUGUUCAGAAAAAAGAAAACAAACUAACUAACUAGCGCAUUAAAGAGUCAAGUUGGGCCGCACCAGCAGCGGUUGCAGGUUUGCCUCUUUGGCUCAUGUCGGGUUUGGACAGAAAAUUUCCCAAUCCUAGCAUUUUUUUUUUUUUAGUCCUAGAAUAUGAGGUGCUCUAAGUGCUACCCAUUUGUCCAGGACAUGCAUCCUUAAAACCCCGUUAAUAAUUCAGGCAUUACAGGAGUGAUAAGCUAACAGAUUAAUUUUGCCAAGUGAGGGCUCUUAACAGUGGCCCGAGCACCUCUUCUCAAACAAAAUCAAAUCUCAAACUGUGAAUUUUGGGGUCCGACAAAGGUUAAAGGAGAAGGUUUCCACAUUCAAAUGUUGAUUCCCAUCAUUUCUAACCGUACGGAACACAACCUCACCGCUAGCCUUGGCGACAGGAAGCUGCUUUAAAAACUAAGACAACUUGUUUAAAAAGGAGAAAACUGCUUUAGCUUGUUGCUGCCUCCAACAGGGCUCUCGCUUAUCAUAAAUGUUUCUGACAGCGGAAAACAUUUCUGAAAUAUUGUGAAAUAUAAAAAAAAGUUUCCAGCUGUGCUUUCUGGCAGGUUUUGUGAAGCAUUAUCGUGACUAAGUUAGGUUUGUGGGAGGAGUAGUGGUUCAAAACUUGUUAUGAGUACACAAAAAUCAAACAGAUGCCCAUAACCCUACUGUUUUCAAGCACAUUUAUGUUUUUUAGAGCUCAAACAAUUGUAUUUGACUAAAUUAAAGGCUGGCAAAAACAGAAACAAAGCUAGCGGUGAAAUUGUGCAAUGUACAGCUAAAUACAAUGGAAAUCCAUAUUUUAAUGUGGCACGGGUUGAAAAAAUUCUAACCUGUCCUUUAACAAGAGUGAACUAGUGUCAAAAGGAGAAAAAGGGCUGAUUGAAUAUUUGAAUAUUUUGAACUUUAACCACUGUAUGGAUCAAAAAGCUAGCCUCAAGCUUUGACUUAGGAUCAACUUUGAAAAGCGACACUCGCUCGAAAAUGGAUGUGGCAUCUUCAACACUUCAUUUGUGUGAAUUUUCAGCACUAAAUAUGGAAGAGAAGCAUGUUUUUAAUAUGUUUAGAAAAGUGACACAAACCAGAGUGGAAGAAUGAGGAGAACGUGUAACUGUUGGGAGUGGAUUAUCAGGUUGUGAGCUGAGACUGCCUCCAUUCUGCUGGUAAUGUAACCUCUCUGUCUUUCUCGGUAAACCCUUGCUCACAGUGCCUUCAUAGCUCUAAUAAAAGAAGUUUGAUCGAAUCU